AUGGCAGUCAGUCGAUUGAGAAAUGUUGAAAACAAGAUGAAAAAAGAACCUGUUUACGGUAUGAAGUACAAGGAAACUAUUGUCAGCUACGUGCAGAAAGGAUAUGUUCGUAAAUUGUCAUCUGAAGAGGUUGUUGAAAUUACUCCACGGACUUGGUAUUUACCACAUUUCGGUGUACUGAAUCCAAAUAAGCCUGGAAAAUUCAGACUUGUAUUUGAUGCCGCGGCUAAAGUUGGAGAAACAUCCCUUAAUUCAUCAUUGUUGACAGGUCCAGAUCUAAAUCAGCCACUCCUCACGGUUUUAUCUAAAUUUCGUGAAGGUCAAGUUGGGGUAUGUGCUGACAUCAAGGAGAUGUUUCACCAGGUGAUAAUUCGUGAAGAAGACCAAAACUCUCAACGAUUUUUAUGGAGAAAUGAUAAAACUGGCGAAAUUGAGGUAUAUAAGAUGUUAGUUAUGAUAUUUGGAUCCACAUCUUCACCGACAACAGCUCAAUAUGUCAAAAACUUUCAUGCAACACAGUAUCUAGAAAGUCAUCACGAAGCGGCCAAAGCAAUUAUUGAACGACAUUACGUUGACGAUUACGUUAAUAGCUUUCACACCGAUGAACAGGCAAUAACUGUAUCCAUGAUGGUUAAAAAUAUUGAGAUGGCUGGUGGUUUUGAAUUACGAGGUUUUAUAUCAAAUUCAAGAAAGGUUACUUCGAUCUUGAAUCAGGAACAAGGUGAUCAACUAUAUCAAGUGGAUAUGAACUUGGACAAAUCCCCUACAUGUGAUAAGAUACUGGGCAUGGUAUGGGACACAUCCACUGACGAGUUCAAAUUCAACUUGAAGUUUAAUCGUUUAGAAUCGACACCCGAACGAAAAAACGUGGGAUCAUUCAGUCUAAAUGAAAUUGAUAAAGAUCCCUUCGUGCGAACGCCCAAAAGUGUAAGCUUCCCGGAAAUUGAGGAUUUCAAUUCGGGUACGGCAUUUUCGAGUAAGCAAACGCCGGCGGAGUUCAUUAGGACUUCGAAAUUACGGGCGAACGGCUUUCAUUAA